CCCCCAGCGCCCGGGAGCGGAGGAGCAUCAGAGUCCCAGCGCCCCGCGAGGAACGCAGAGCCCGCGGGCCGGGCGAACAAAGCGACGGCGACGCGGGCAGCCCAGGCGCCGGACGCACGGAGCAAGCGACCCGCUGCGCCUUUGUCUCGGGCGGGGCAGGAGCGGCGGCCGGCGCGGGGCGCCCCGAGCGCAGAAUGCGGCGCCCGGAGGGGCGGAUUGAGGAGCGCUGCGGCAGCAGGAGGCGUGGAGCUGGGGCCGGAGCCCAAGCGGACUUGUGUGUGUGAAGGGGGUACCCGGCGCGCUGCCCCGCGAGCGCCUGGUGGCCGCACGUGGGCGGGAGCGGCUGCCCGCUAGUAGCCCAAGAAGGAGGAGGAGGAAGAGGAGGGCCGCGCGGCCGCGCAGCGGGGACCCGGGGCGGCCUGCGCGAAGCCCCGCCCCGGCCGCCUAGCCCGGCGCGGGCGGGCGGGAUGCCCCGCGGUCACCGCACUUUGGCCAGAGCGUUGCCCUGAACGAGCUGGUCCUGCGGCGGCGGCGGCGAGCGCACGGGCGCCGCGGGCGCCAUGGAGCAGUGGCGGCAAUGCGGCCGCUGGCUCAUCGACUGCAAGGUCCUGCCGCCCAACCAUCGUGUCGUGUGGCCCUCGGCGGUGGUCUUCGACCUGGCGCAGGCGCUGCGCGACGGAGUCCUGCUAUGCCAGCUGCUGCACAAUCUCUCCCCCGGCUCCAUAGACCUGAAGGACAUCAACUUCCGGCCGCAGAUGUCCCAGUUCCUGUGUCUGAAGAAUAUUCGCACCUUCCUCAAAGUCUGCCACGACAAAUUUGGACUAAGGAACAGUGAGCUGUUUGACCCCUUUGACCUCUUUGAUGUCCGAGACUUCGGGAAGGUCAUCUCUGCGGUGUCCCGACUGUCUCUGCACAGCAUCGCGCAGAACAAAGGGAUCAGGCCUUUUCCCUCGGAGGAGACAGCUGAGAACGAUGACGAUGUAUACCGGAGCCUGGAGGAGCUGGCCGACGAGCAUGACCUGGGUGAGGACAUCUACGACUGUGUCCCGUGUGAAGAUGAAGGGGAUGACAUCUACGAAGAUAUCAUCAAAGUGGAGGUGCAGCAGCCCAUGAUCAGAUACAUGCAGAAAAUGGGCAUGACCGAGGAUGACAAGAGAAGCUGCUGCUUGCUGGAGAUUCAGGAGACCGAGGCCAAGUACUACCGCACCCUGGAGGACAUUGAGAAGAACUACAUGGGCCCCCUGCGGCUGGUGCUGAGCCCAGCGGACAUGGCUGCCAUCUUCAUCAACCUGGAGGACCUCAUCAAGGUGCACCACAGCUUUCUGCGUGCCAUUGAUGUGUCCAUGAUGGCUGGUGGCAGUACCCUGGCCAAGGUCUUCCUGGAGUUCAAGGAAAGGCUGCUGAUUUACGGAGAGUACUGCAGCCACAUGGAGCAUGCCCAGAGUACACUGAACCAGCUCCUCGCCAGCCGGGAGGACUUCAGGCAAAAAGUGGAGGAGUGCACGCUUAAGGUCCAGGAUGGCAAGUUCAAGCUGCAAGACCUGCUCGUGGUACCCAUGCAGCGGGUGCUGAAGUACCACCUGCUGCUCAAGGAACUCCUGAGUCAUUCUGCUGACCGGCCAGAAAGACAGCAGCUAAAAGAAGCACUGGAGGCCAUGCAGGACUUGGCCAUGUACAUCAACGAAGUGAAGCGGGACAAAGAGACCCUGAAGAAGAUCAGCGAGUUCCAGUGCUCCAUAGAAAACCUGCAAGUGAAGCUGGAGGAAUUUGGGAGGCCGAAGAUUGAUGGGGAACUGAAAGUCCGCUCCAUAGUCAACCACACCAAGCAAGACAGGUACCUGUUCCUGUUUGACAAGGUGGCCAUCGUGUGUAAGAGGAAGGGCUACAGUUACGAGCUGAAGGAGGUCAUUGAGCUGCUCUUCCACAAGAUGACUGAUGACCCCAUGCACAACAAGGACAUCAAGAAGUCUCAUGGGAAGAUGUGGUCCUAUGGCUUCUACCUGAUUCACCUCCAAGGAAAGCAAGGCUUCCAGUUCUUCUGCAAGACGGAAGACAUGAAGCGGAAGUGGAUGGAGCAGUUCGAGAUGGCCAUGUCAAACAUCAAGCCAGACAAGGCCAAUGCCAACCAUCAUAGCUUCCAGAUGUACACGUUUGACAAGACCACCAACUGCAAAGCCUGCAAGAUGUUCCUCAGGGGAACCUUCUACCAGGGCUACCUGUGUACCAGAUGUGGUGUCGGAGCACACAAGGAGUGCCUGGAGGUGAUGCCCCCCUGCAAGAUCAGUUCUUCUGCAGACUCGGAUGCUCCUGGCGCUGGACCAGGGCCCAAGAUGGUAGCUGUGCAGAAUUACCACGGUAACCCAGCCCCUCCCGGGAAGCCCGUGUUAACCUUCCAGACGGGGGAUGUGAUAGAGCUGCUUCGGGGUGACCCCGAUUCUCCUUGGUGGGAGGGGAGGCUGGUUCAGACCCGGAAGUCAGGGUACUUUCCCAGCUCUUCCGUGAAGCCGUGCCCAGUGGAUGGAAGGCCACCUGUUGGCCGCCCGCCAUGCCGAGAGAGUGAUUACACUGCAUACCCCUGGUUUGCUGGCAACAUGGAGCGGCAGCAGACGGACAAUCUGCUCAAGUCUCAUCCCAGUGGGACCUACCUCAUCAGAGAGCGACCAGCAGAGGCUGAGCGCUUCGCCAUCAGCAUCAAGUUCAACGACGAGGUGAAGCAUAUCAAGGUAGUGGAGAAAGACAACUGGAUCCACAUCACUGAGGCCAAGAAGUUUGAGAGCCUCCUGGAGCUCGUUGAGUACUACCAGUGCCACUCUCUCAAGGAAAGCUUCAAGCAGUUGGACACUACGCUCAAGUUCCCCUACAAGUCUCGGGAGCGUGCCACCACCAGGGCCUCAAGCCGGUCCCCAGCUUCCUGCGCUUCCUACAACUUUUCUUUUCUCAGUCCUCAGGGCCUCAGCUUUGCCCCUCAGGGCCCCUCCGCUCCCUUCUGGUCAGUGUUCACACCGAGGGUCAUUGGCACAGCUGUGGCCAGGUACAACUUUGCUGCACGGGACAUGAGGGAGCUGUCGCUGCGGGAAGGUGACGUGGUCAAGAUCUAUAGCCGAAUCGGUGGUGACCAGGGCUGGUGGAAAGGCGAGACCAAUGGGCGGAUCGGUUGGUUCCCUUCAACGUACGUGGAAGAGGAGGGCGUCCAGUGAAGGCGAGACCUGCGGGACUCACGGAUGUUCUUGGGAGUCUCCCCAGCUCUGAAGUCCACCUCUGGCCUCUCCAUGGCUCUGGGAACUGCCUGCCAAGCCUGCAGCUGUUAGGACCCACAGGGAUGGGGAAGGUGUUCCACCGUCACCUGCCCUGGGUGGCCUGCCCCUGGGUACAUUCCUUGUACAUAGAGGAAACCUGUGCUGGCCACACCCAGAGCACCAAGGAGAGGGCACUCAGGCAACGUGGCCAGGCGGGUGUGGAUGACAGCCAAGGUCAGAAGCCACCGCCUGCCCCUCUGGUUUAGCUGUUCAGGAGCCUAGAACUCAACUCAUGGUGUGCCAGGGAGGGCUGGGGACAGCAGAGGGGGCCCUUCCGAGCCCCGUCCGCUCAGCCCCGCACUGAUCUGCCUGUCUUUUCUGCUGCUCUCUAGAGUAGGUGUCAGGUCUUGGGAGGCAGGCAGGACCACACUGUGCUGUAGCACACUCUAGGCCCAUCCGGGGUGCAGGAUCGGAGAGUUUGUGCAGGAGCCCUGGGCCCUGCUGGCUCCGCAGCUUUGCCUGACUGCCUCCCUUCCCAACACAUUAGGUCCUGCUGAGUGUUGACUGGGCAGGCCCCUCUCUCGGGAGGGGCCUUUGGAACGAUGACAUUGCUGCCCCCACCCCUGGCCCACCCCCAGUCAGUGGUACUGUUCUUCGUUUCCUGGGGUCUUCCCUGCCCUGCUGCCAGGGGACACAUCUGUGAACCCCAAAGGGCAGAGGAGAGAACCAGGCUCCCCUCCCCCACUGCCUCUUUCUCUCCAGGAGGCACUCGCAUCUUCUGCAUUCCAAACCAUGGUCCUAGGAGUCUGCUGGCCUCUGCACUAGAUGUUGGUUCUAGCCCUUGACAGGUGUCCUCACAAAGAUUCCCGCAGCCCACUCACUGGGCCUGUGGCCAACCCAAAAUAAGUGCUCUUGGGGUGUCUUCACCCUUUCACCCCCCUUUCCUGGUGCUCCCUGGCCUUUGACCUCUGGCGUGGCCAGCCCCUAUUUCUCCCUACCCAGAAUUCCGUGUGAAAGCUUAGAUUUUUGGGGGCCCUUUCUCCCUCCGUCUAGCUGCCCAGUCCUGGGUGAGGAGGGAGCUAGGCUUUGAGACAUUGUCCCUGCUGCAGGGGGACUGGGCACCACCUUGCACCUGGGGAUAUUUUCCAGAGUUGGCCGCAUGUCUUCCAGCUUGAUGCCCGCACGCAGCUUGUUGGGAUGUGGGGGGGGGGCGAGGAGGAUUUCAGUAGAUAGGGAGCAACAGAAGGCGAGACACCCUGGAGAGGCUCAAGCCGUGAGAAGCUGGUGUGGAGUGAGGAGUUGUCCUGGAGAGAGUCGGGGCCUCAGGCCACUUUGCACAGCUUUGCACACCAGUGCCCGGUGCAGGCCAAGGGGAGGACCCUGUCGGGCCCUUCCAUAGGGAUGCCCUCAGAACAUCCUUGUUCUUUAGUUUCUUCUGGUUUUUGUUUGUUUGUUGUUGUUUUAUCCUAUUUUGUUUUGCCUAUUUGUGUUUUAGAGGGGGGAAGUUGUAAUUAUUUCAUCUAAAUCUCCCAUUAUAUAUGUGAAUAAGAGUCUAUAAUAGCAAAAUGAUGUAUAUUUUAGUUUGUCAUGAUAGAAGUCAUGAUUAUGAAGGACACUGAGAAAAAGAAUCAUCGAGGACCCGGGUUUUGUGAAUGUUUUGUGUUUGUUUAGAUGUUUGUAUUUGGUUUGGGUUGUUUGUUUCCACGCCACACUGAGCAGGGUGGUGGGCAAGCUGGACCACAGGCACCUCUGCAGGAGACUGGACACCAUUUGAGGGCUGAGGACUGGGGGCCUGAGAUCAGCUGUGAACAUUUGCAGUGCAUUGCAUGCAAGUCAGGGAUGAGGGGGUCCCACAGCCAGCAGUACCCCCUAAUGGAACAAUUGUACAUUUGCCAAUGGGUUUUCCUCCCCGGACUAUGGUUUUUACGACAAAUAAACCUACGUUCUAUUCUGCA